AUGUCACAGCUGGCAGACAAACCGCCCUCGAGUGAGGUAGCCAACACUUCUCCUGUUCCGAACGGCAACCACACGAUUAGAAGGACUCGAUCUUCGACGAUGAUUCACAUUAUUGAUGAGCGAUUCAACAACAGGUCUGCGGAGCGGACAGCCCUGCUUCGGCAGCUCAAAAAGGCCCUACAAGGACGAGAUGUGUCGGUGCAGUUCUGGGCGUGUGUGCAGGUCUGCGAUCUCAGCAAGCUUGAGUUCUUGGUCGAGUUAGCAGGCCUGUCGCCCAAGGCGAUGGACAUCAUUACUGAUCUCUGUUGCACUCUGCCAUACAAAUGGAUCCAACGGCCCUCCCCUUUCGAUGACCUCCGCACCAUCUCGACGGCAUCGGCUUCUGGUUCUCAACAGACUUCCUCUCGCAGUGCGCGGAACGGGGCGCGGGAGCGCGAUGGACACAAGUGUGUUAUCACGGGAACUCGCAAGGUUUAUCAGGUUGCUCCGAUCUUCCCCAGCCAUGGUGGCAGUGAGGCUGUCAGCGACGAUUCAUCUGCGCCUACCAUCUGGAAAUUUGUGGAUGUGUUUUGGAACCGAGCCACCGCCGAGCGCUGGCACAAGGCCGCGUUCAAUGCUCUCGACGAUUUCGAGUCGGCUAAUGGUUGCACCAAUCUGAUUUGCUUGCGAAAUGAUCUCCGUGCGGCAUGGGCUAAUGGCCUGUUUGCAUUGCGUCCCGUUUUUGUCUCGCCGGAUAGCACCGAGAUGGAGGUGGAAUUCCAUUGGCAACCGAAGCAAUUUCACGAACCAUACGAUCAUGUCGACGUGCUGAAAGUGCCCAUCUCUUCCGAGGGCGUGAGUAGCGUGGAAGGCCUGCUCGUGGUUCGAUCUACAAAAGAGAAUGGCUUUCUUCCAAUCGAAUCGGGCGACCGGUUUAUGCUUCGCACGGACGACCCGAAGAGCCGGCCACUUCCAAGCUAUGACUUGCUGGAUAUGCAGUGGCAUCUCAACCGGAUUGUGGCCAUGUCGGCUGCCCCUGAGAUAUUCAACGAGGACGACGAUGAAGAUGAAGAGGAUGACGAGGAUGACAGCUGCACAGCCAAGCCACUCUAUCGGCAACCUCCUUCGGACGUGCUGGAUUGGAUUCAAUACCCUUCAUCGUCGUCUAGUAGCUGCGAUGGCAGUAUUGACAACAACAACCUGUACCCCGUGGUAUCUACUGUGACUGGAGGGUGUGUUGGGACUCUGGCGGAGUGGAUGGAAGAUCUGGAUUGCAGCUUUGCAACUCGAACGGGCUCUGUGGGCUUGGUCGCACGUCCAUUGACUGAUCACAGUCGAGUCAUGAGAAGGACGGUGAACGAUGACCUUCGGGAACCUUAA